GUGGUACAAAAACUCUAAUAUAAUUUCUAAAGCGGUGAGUAACAUAAUGGUAAACAUGUUCACACACACACAAACGAAAAUAUAGCAUGAAUGAACAGCCAAAUGCCGCCAGUGUCCGUUUUAGUUUUAGUUUCUUUCGGAUUUUACUGGUGCAAAGUAGCGUUGACUGCAAGCGGAAACGGAGUGUCGUGUCGUCGUCGUCGUCGCCAGUGCGUGGUGUUGCUGUUGCUGUUGCUGUAGUUGUGGUGUGGUGGGGCAGGCAGCCCUAAAUCACGUGUAUAAUAAAAGGAACUUCUACUACCAGCAUUUAUUUGCCAUUUGCCGUGGCGGCAUACGACACAACCGCCAAGCAUUGACGUUCCCGGGAGUUGGCCGUAAUUCAUCCAAUACUUGGUAGUAAUACCCACCAGUAGUUUCGCUUGCGUGCAUGCAUAAAUUUGUUGUUUGUUUUAAUCAAUAUCGGAGCAGACGGUCAUUUUGAUUUUAAUUGUUUCCAAGUAAAAAAUAGGCCCUACCACAUAGUAUAUGACCGAAUCGUAAAGUUCUUCGUAGAACUAGCAGCUAACACACAAAUCCAAGUAACAUUACUGGUCUCGCCCCUCGAAAGGUGAGUCAGACGAUGGCGGGUAAGAGCGACAAGGAAAUUCUGGCCAACUCCAUGUACGAGGAUGAUCCCAAUGGAAAUUCAGCGCCAGCCACAACCAAGGACCAAGAAUCCGAUCAGAGGCAGGAGGUACUCAAAGCGACCAAUGUGGCUCCCCCAUCGGCGGCGCCACGUUGGGGACCACAGAACAAGGGCGCCCAGGAGCUGGCCUCUUUGUACAGUCCAGGAAAGCGGGCCCAGGAAAUCAUUUGCGUGUACACCUGCAUAGGCCUCAUGAUCAUCAAUCUGAUACUGAUUGUCCGGCACAUGCGACUGGAGAGGAUUAGUGUGGCCAUUGUGUCCGCAUUGUGUGGCAUCAUAACAGCAGACUUUGCUUCUGGUCUGGUCCACUGGGCAGCAGAUACCUGGGGUUCUGUGGACUUGCCCCUAAUUGGCAGGAAUUUCCUGCGUCCGUUUCGCGAGCAUCACUUGGAUCCCACAUCCAUAACGCGCCACGAUUUCAUUGAAACGAAUGGUGACAAUUUUAUGGUUGGAAUACCCAUCCUUGGGUAUUUGGCGCACUAUUUCUACAUUCGAUCGCCCAGCGAGAUUCAGCUACAUUUUGGCUGGAUAGCCUAUGUAUUUCUUUGCUCCAUAUUUGUGGCCAUGACAAAUCAGAUUCACAAAUGGUCACAUACCUACUGGGGUCUGCCACGGUGGGUUCUGUUACUGCAAAGCUGUCACAUUAUUCUGCCAAGGAAGCAUCAUCGUAUACAUCAUGUGGCACCGCAUGAGACGUACUUUUGCAUAACCACGGGAUGGUUGAAUUGGCCGCUGGAACGUAUAAGAUUCUGGUCUACUUUUGAGCUUGUUAUUGAGCAUUUUACGGGCCUAAAGCCACGCGACGAUGAUAUGAAAUGGGCCAAGAAACUCACAUAAUGCUUUUUGCUACCCUCAGCGACUGUAUAUAGGAAAUCCUGGACCAAAAGCAGCCUUAUAUUUAUAAAAAAUGUUAUUUUGCACAACAAAGUAGCUUUAAAUUGAGAACAGAUUACAUAUAUGUAUGUAUAUGAAGUCAACUGAAGAAAUCGCAUAGUUUUUAGUUGCAUCCUCACAAUGUUCGUUAACAAAUAGUUGAAUAUCUAAGCUUAAGCCUUGGACAACACUUCGCACACAUACACUAGACACUAGAAGCGCAUAAAGAACCACAAUCACUGAUCUCUUUUACGAGUGAGAGCCUUAUGUAUACCUGUGUACUAAAUAGUGAAAUGAAACAAACGCUUGUUAAAACAUUUUGAUAUCUUUACAAAAAGAAGAAGUAAUAAUGCAUAAUGCAAUACAAAUCCCCUAUACAUAAGCUUAAACAGAGGAAAUGAUUUUUAUACCCAGAUCCUAAAUGAAAGACAUUCUCAAAAAAUUGCGUCAUAGCCUGCAAAAGAUACAUAUAUACAAACGAUGAUAAGUUAUAAACAAAUAGUUACGACUAGACGAUUAGGCGCUGUAUGCAAUCAAGAAAGUUACUUACAAAACGAUUUUUACUCGUAUAAGAGGCAUACACAAUGUUUUGGAAUAAGCUAAUGACACACUUUUAGUGGCAUGUAUUAACUUUAGUGCAAUCUAGAAAAGGGAGAAUUUACUUAUAUGUAUUUGUAAAAUUUGUUACCAAAAAGAGCCAGCUACUCGCAUCUCUCUGGCCGCUUAGGAAAGUUGUAUGUACAGUGUGGAGCAGCUGCCGUCGUUGUUUUGUGAAGCGUGCCAGCAGUUAGUUGCUUAUAUAAUUUAGUACACUAAAUUCUAAGAGAGCAAUAUAUUAAUUGUGAUGCAAGUAAAAUAAAUUAUGAUCCUAAUUCAAUUAGAAA